AUGCCAAGGUCUUUCCUGGUGAAAAAGGUGAAACUAGAUGAAUUCGCCGGAGCGGAUUUGGAGAACGUCUACAGGCACAGGACAGGCCUCAGCCUGCGGCUACAUGACAAAGCUCGAUACAUCAGCGACUACAUCAGCCCUGUUGUGUACGAUGGCGAGAGUGACGGUGGGAUCAAGGUGCCCUCCCCAGACCCCAUCUACGAUAGUAUCCACAGUGACUAUGGGGCCCCUGACUCCGAGUCCCCCGACAGUCCCAGUUCAGAAAUCACCGACGGCUACAUCAACGGAGACGCCGCGGUGAGUGAGGGUUACACAGUCGACGCCUUCUUCAUCACCGAUGGCCGCUCGAGGAGGAAAGCUAUCAGCAGUCCCAGGGCCAUCCAGAGGCACACCUGCAACGAGUGCGGCAAAACCUACGCCACGUCUUCCAACCUGAGCCGGCACAAACAGACACACCGCUCGCUGGACAGCAAGCUGGCGAAGAAAUGUCCGACCUGCAGUAAGGUGUACGUGUCCAUGCCCGCCAUGGCCAUGCACCUGCUCACUCACGACCUCAAGCACAAGUGUGACGUGUGUGGGAAAGCGUUCAGCCGACCCUGGCUUUUACAGGGCCACAUGCGCUCUCACACGGGCGAGAAGCCUUUCGGCUGCGCCCAGUGCGGGAAGGCCUUCGCAGACCGCUCCAACCUGCGCGCUCACAUGCAGACCCACUCGGCCUUCAAGCACUUCAAGUGUAAACGCUGCAACAAGACCUUCGCGCUCAAGAGUUACCUGAACAAGCACUACGAGUCUGCCUGUUUCAAAGGCCCCUUCUCUCCUCUCGGCCCCCUAGAUGCAUGA